AUGUCUGCAUCCCCAGCUGCCGGAGCCCGAGCCCAUUCCGGCCCGUCGUCGGAUUUCAUUGAGAAGCAUCGGGCGCAAAACCCGUCGUCGCGCACCAUCCUCGUCACCGGCGCCACCGCCGGCAUCGGCCUAGCCGUCGCCAACCAUCUGCUCGCCUCGCCCGCCCAGCACCUGCUCAUCCUGGCGGGGCGCAAGGUCGACGUGCUGAACGAGCUGGCGGCCAACAAUCCCGACCGCGUCAUCACCCGGCCCGGGGACAUGGCUGAUUUGGAAUACGUCGAGCACGUUCUGCGCGACAUCGACUUGGUCGGACGGCUGGACGCGCUGGUUCUCAACCAUGGCACGCUGGGCGCGAGUUUGCGCAUCGUGGACACGGCGGUCGACGAGUGGGAGCGCACGUUUAGGAUCAAUGUGUCGAGUUAUGUGGCGUUGGUCCGAUCGGCUCUGCCCUUACUUCGCACCACCAAAGGUCGCAUCGUCUUCACAUCCUCGGGAGCCGCGUCGAACGCCUAUUCGUCCUGGGGCGCCUACGGCGCGUCCAAAGCGGCCAUCAACCACUUGGCCAUGACGCUGAAGAACGAAGAACCGGAUGUGAUUGCCGUCUCCGUCCGGCCGGGCGUGGUCGACACUGCAAUGCAAGUCGAUAUUCGAGAGAAAUAUCUCCAGAACAUGGACGAACAGGACCAAGCCAAAUUCAUCGGUGCCAAAAGGGACGGCAAGUUGUUGCCGCCGGAAAAGCCGGGCCAUGUCAUUGCAGAGCUGGCCGUCAGGGCUGGCAACGAACUGUCCGGCUUGUUUCUCAGGUGA